CGACACUUGAUUUGACUUGACUUGGCAACGUUGGCAAGCUGCUUUUAUCUUUCUUCUUCUGUUGCUGGGGACUUCGCUCUACGCUACUGCUACUGCGCUGCAGUGUACUUGCCGGGAGAGACGGAAGACAGGAGACAGAAAAACGGAAAGGCAGAAAGACAGAACGGCAGGAAAACGAACAAACAGACACGCAACACACAACACUCACCUCUCUCUCUCGCCUUUCCUCCUUCACCACACGAACCACACGAACCACACAACAAAACGAACAACAUCAACAUCAACAUCAUCAUCAAAAAAACCAAAAUGCAACACCAACACCAACCCCCCACCACCACCAGCACCUCUCCCACCUCUCCCACCGCCCCAACAACAACACCAUCCUACACCCUCCCUCCCAACCGCAUCCUCACAACCACAGAACGCACGACGCACCCCUCGCCGCUGCCGCGCUGCCGCGCCACUACGCCGCCGACGCCGGCGCCGAAAGCGAGGUUUUUGCCGCUUGCGUUGGGGCUGGGUCUGGGAGUUGGUGAGGGGAGGGGGAAGAGGGAGAAGGUUGGUGAGGGGGUUGAGGGUGAUGGUGGUGGUGCUGAGGCUGCGGUUGGUAAGCCGGAGAAUACGGAGGAGACGGAGGCGGAGUUAGGCCGUAUGUCCGAUGGGGUCGGGGUUAGGGCUGGGGUUGGUAAUACGGUGGUGGUGGGGACGGAGGAGACGAAGGAGACGGAGAUUGAGAUGGAAAAGGAAGAGGUGGAGGGGGUGGGCGUUGACGGUAUCUCCGGUGUGGGUGCGUGUGAUGCUGCUGCUGCUGGGGAUGCUGAGGAGGUGGUGGAGGAGGUGGAAGUGGAGUUAGAAGAGGAGGGGGAGGGAUUCGGCAACGGCAAUGGCGACGAUGGCGGGGUUAGCGGAGACAACGGCAACCACACCGACACCGACAACGGAAACGCCGACGUUGACGUUGGCGCCAAAGGCAGAAGCGGAAACGGAAGCGGGAGCGGAAGCGGAGAAGAGGCGGAAGAAGCGAAAGAAGCGAAAGAAGAAGCACACGAAAGCGGCGAAGAAGAAGAAGAAGAAAAGAAAAAAAGACGGCAAGACGAAGCGCAAAGAAAUGAAAGAAAAGCCACUAGACUCGCCGGCCAACAGCGCUUCUCGACUUUCGACAAGGCGCUCCGCUCCGCCUUCAUGCCGCCCCAGGCCCAGCGGCGCAGCGUCGAGUACGCGGCGGUGUUUGGGCUGCGGAGGGGGAGCUUGGCCGCUGCGAUGCCUGUGCCUGCUUUUGCGUCUACGUCUGCGUCUGGGCCGGUAGGGGCGGAGGCGGAAGUGGAGGUGGAGAUGGAGAUGGAGAUGGAGAUGGAGAUGGAAAUGGAAAUGGAAAUGGAGAUGGGGAUGAAUGAGCAGGCUAUGGUGGUAAGGGAGAAGGAGAGGGAUGCCCCGCCAGCAGCAGCAGCACCACCGCCGCCUCCAUCGUCGCUCUCUCGUCGUCGCGCCACGCUCGCGGGGGCGGAGUUGGCGUUCUUGGAGGCGCAGCGCAGGCGCUCGUCUGCUUCUUCUGCUGCGUCGUCAGCGGAGGUAGGGCUGGGUGCUGCGAUGGCUAGGGCGUGCGCUGCCGGUACUGCUACUAGCGGUGGGGCUGGCGCUGUGGUGCCUGUAGGGGAAGAAGAAGAAGAGGAGGAGGAGGAGGAGGAGGAGGAGGAGGAGGGAGAAGGCGAGAGCCCGGCCGAGGAAGCGGUGGUGGUGCCUCUGGUGUUGACGUAUCAACAGGCGCCUAUUCCACAGCCUUUUCUCCAGCCUCUCCCACAGCCUCUCCCACGACAACAACAACAACAACAACAACAACAACAGCCACCGCCACCGCAGUCGCUUCCACAGCAACAGCAACAGCAACAGCGGCAGCCAGCCCCUCCCCCCGCCGCCGCAGCCAUGAUGAUAGCAGCGCGCGAACGACGCGCCUCCGCUUCGGCGCGGGCGCGUUCGGGUACCGGGGGCCCGAUUUGCGAGGGCUGUGGCCGCGCGGUGCAGCAGCAGGAGGGGGGCAGUCGGGGGCGGUGCUGUCGGCGCGGCUUGAUGAAGCGGGGGGAGAUGGGGGCCGAGGUGCUGUUUGCUAAGGAUUGGUGGAUGGGGUAGGGGCGGGUGGGGAGUGGGAGAUUGAUGGGUGUGGGUAUGGGUAUUGUUGUGUUUGGUAGAGUGAAUAUUGCGUGUACGUGUGUAGUGUAGUGUAUUGUGUAGACUGUUUUUUAUGGGCUGUGGUGUUAUGUAUACUCUGUCUAUAU